AUGCUUGCCCUGCGCGGCUGCAUGGGGCCGGGCGAGCGGGUGCGGCAGCAACCGCCGAGGCGAGCGCGGGGCCAGGCGAGCGGGCGCGGCGGCAGGAGGGGCCGGGCGAGCGGGCAAGCAGGCGCACGCGCGUGGGUGCAGCGGCUGCAGGGCGAGCGGGCACGCGCGCGGGUGGGGAGCGGGCACGCACGCGGGUGGGGAGCGGGCGCGACGGCUACCGGGCGAGCUCGGUGCGCAGGCUGCGCGACGACAGGCAGGCAGGGAGCGGGCGCGGCGGGUGGGCGCAGCAGCGGCCGGGAGAGCGGGCGCGCGCGGGCGGAGAAUGGGCGCGACGGCGGCUGCGGCGAGCGGGCGGAGAAUGGGCGCGACGGAGGCGGCGGCGCGCAGGCCGCGGCGCGGGCGGGGCGAGGCGGCGAGGCUGCCCCCAACCCCGCGUGCUCCGCCGGAGCACCGAGCUCCGCCACCUCGUCCUCGUCGUCUCCGCCGUCCCCGACGUCCCCUCGCCUCACCAUCAACAGAAAAUCGGACGCCCUCGCCUCUCUGCAUCUCCUAGACAUCACCGCCGACGCCGUCGUCGACCGGAGCCGCCGCCCCGCCGAAGCCCUCUUCUUCCCUGCCACACCGUUCCUCUCUGUUUAG